AAUGAAAUUAUAUUAUAUUAUAUCUGCCACCUUGUAUUUUAUAUUUUUUUUAAAGACAUAUUCUUUUGUAUAGUGUCCUUUGUUUCUGUCUUUUUUAUAUCUCAUUUGGUCUUUCUUUGUUGUUUUAGAGAGUUUUGGUGAAGAGGGUUGACAUGGAAGAAAGAUAUGAGCCAUUAAAGGAACUUGGUUCUGGAAAUUUUGGUGUUGCUAGGUUGGCUAAAGACAAAAAAACUGGUGAACUUGUUGCUCUCAAAUACAUAGAGAGGGGCAAAAAGAUUGAUGAGAAUGUGCAAAGGGAGAUAAUUAAUCACAGAUCAUUAAGGCAUCCUAAUAUUGUCAGGUUCAAAGAGGUCUUGCUGACCCCUUCUCAUUUAGCCAUUGUCUUGGAGUAUGCUGCCGGUGGUGAACUCUUCGAGAGAAUAUGCACUGCUGGUCGAUUUAGUGAAGACGAGGCAAGGUAUUUCUUCCAACAGCUACUAUCUGGCGUUAGCUACUGUCAUUCAAUGGAAAUUUGUCAUAGAGAUCUGAAAUUGGAAAACACUCUCUUGGACGGAAAUCCAUCCCCUCGGCUUAAAAUUUGCGACUUUGGUUACUCCAAGUCUGGAAUACUGCACUCUCAACCGAAGUCAACAGUUGGAACUCCUGCUUACAUUGCUCCCGAGGUUCUAUCACGAAAGGAGUACGAUGGAAAGAUUGCAGAUGUUUGGUCCUGUGGUGUGACUCUAUAUGUAAUGCUAGUUGGUGCAUAUCCAUUUGAAGAACCAGAAGAUCCUAGAAAUUUCAGAAAGACUAUUGGGAGAAUAAUAGGUGUUCAAUACUCCAUACCCGACUAUGUACGCAUUUCUGCAGAUUGUAGGAAUCUUCUAUCACGCAUCUUUGUUGCCGAUCCUGCCAAGAGGAUCACCAUCCCAGAGAUAAAACAGAACCCUUGGUUUUUGAAGAAUAUGCCGAAAGAGAUAAUUGAAGCUGAAAGAAAAGGUUAUGUGGAAACAAAGGACCAACCAAGUCAAAGUGUAGAAGAAAUCAUGAGGAUCAUACAAGAGGCGAGGAUACCGGGACAAGGAUCCAAACCUGGCGAGGAUGGUCAAGCUGACACCGGUUCAAUGAACAUUGAAGACGACGAGGAAAUUGAUGUCAGUGGUGAAUAUGAAAAUGUGUGAUUAAUUGAGAGGUUUCAUUGGUGGAUGGAUGCUACAUUGUUUAUAAGACAUCAUGGUCUGCACUAUUAUCAACAUUACAUUCAUGUUCUAAUGAUACACAUUAUACACCUAGGUUUGAAAUAGAGUUUUGUGUUUAUUUGAGUGUGAAUAACAUUUGAUAAAAAAAGGCUUGAAUUGGUUUUUAUUCUGUAAAUCCCAAACUAAGGGGGAAAUGGUUUGAUACACAGUUUAUGAGCAGUUCAAAAACUUUGGUUUAAUGAAAAAAGGUACAUUUGCUACCUUCACUUAA